UUGAUUCCAAAUAUUUUCCAGAUUGCGGCAUCCUCCCAUAUCUUGCUGGUCAAAACCGUUACGAUUUCUAAUUUACGUAAUUCAUUCGUCGUAAUUUUCGUAAAUCUUUCCCUUUUAACGCAAACGUGAUUUUUAAAUUUUUAAGGUACUGUCAUCUAGUGGUGAAAUUUACUACUACCAAACUACUGUUGAAUCACAGGUUAAUUUCAGUGUUUUGGUUGCACCUGCAACAGCUGCUUGGUUAUACUAUGUUUUUCUCAAUUUGUUAACUUGAUGGGCUUAUAAUAGUGGGAUCUUUGAAUAAUAAAUCAUUUUUACUGGAAAACACGUGUGCAUUUUAUUCGUUGAAUUGAAUCGAGUAAUUAAUACAGAAAUUAAACUUGAGUUUCUUCUUUCAAGAAGUGUUCUGAUUGACUGAUCGUGAUCAGUAUUUCGAUUUUUACAGCAAAAAUCCCCCGAUGACUCAUCAGACGACUCUCACCUUAUGUUGACAGGUGAAUCAAGUUAACUGAUCUCGACUUGUUAGGUUAGUUAAAUGAUGGCUAAAAUUUUGAAACACUUCGUAUUCGGUCAAAAGAAAAAUCCUCCUGCUCCUCCGAGACCAGAUUAUCAAGGAGAGCAAUGCCCCAAAGAAGAAUUUCUAGAUCAUGAUUAUGAAAAUAUUCCUAAAUUUGGAGCUGAUCAGAAAAAAGAGGUUGUUUUUCAAGAGAAAAAGAAGCCUGAGUUGGUAGUUUUUGAAAACUACAGUGAGCCCGCAGACUUGCUGCGUGAAAUUGUUAGUAACAAUACUUACGAAAACGAAGACUGUGAUCCUUUGUAUAUGUCACCUGUGGACGACGUAACGCCGUCCCCUUGGACGAAGAAUGAAGAAGAAGAUAUGUACUGCGUCCCUUACGAAGAUUCUGAAGAUGUUUCGAAAUUGCCAUCUCCUUGCAUGGGUCCAGGUCGUUCAGUGGAUGCUGAUGAUUCAAAAACUGAUUCAGUCGAAGAUACCUACGAUGUAGUUCCGGAUGAUUUCAACGAAGAUGAUGAGUGCUUGGGUACCACGCCCAUUGACAGCAUCCGUCCUGGCCAAGAAUACGAUGAGCCAUGGGAAUGGAGUGUGGGCGCCAGACUUACAAGCAGCCUUCAAGUGACGCCGUCCUCACCAGGAGCUCUAUCCUUAGAGGACGAGAGAACUUUCUCAGAGCCAGCAGGUGGUGCGUCGAGCGAAUCUUUACUCUCAGAUUCCGAAUCUGGACUUGACGAGGACGAGAUGACAGCCAGACAGAGGAGGCUUUACGAAACAGCUUUUGAUAGCAGGGUGAAAAGGGAUGCAGAGGACCUGGACAGGCUUAUGCAGAGUCCAGUUCUACAGGGUGAUUUGUUCCAUAAUCGAACGACAGGGGAAAAUGGUCCUGUUGUUAGAGCGGCAUCUAGGUCAUCGUUUGGUUCUACCAGCGGUAGUUCCGCAUCUAGUACGCCAACUCACCAACCAAUGGUCAUUGCGAGAGAUUCACCUCGUCAGAGGCAUCUACCUCUGCAUUUCACACCCACAGAGAGAAGAAAAGUGACCCUCAUUCGCGAUCAUCUUCCUGUCAGGUCACUGUCACCUCAAGCAAGAGUCCUGAAUGUUGUGUCUAAUGUUGAACCACUGACGAAAGAGUUGAACAGGAACGGGGCUAAAAUAGUGAAUACAUGUUAUGAACGCAAAAUCGUUUCGUUUAACAAUCAGUGGGACAAUGUUUCGCGAUGUUCUUCCGAUAAGAGCUCCAGUCAAGAGUCAAUGAACGUUGUUGAUCCUAAAGAGGAGUUUUUACUGUCUUCGAAUAAUUCUAAAAAUGAACAGCAAAGGAACUUUAUUCUUGGCAAAAGUUCCAGUCGUGAUAAUCUAUUAUUUAGGGACGAUCGAAGGAACUUAACUGCUAACUAUCCUAGUAAUUGGAAGGAAUUAUCAAAUGCUAGGCUGGAAAAUUCUAAUGACUUUCAAAAAAAUGACCAAGAUAAUGUGUUACAGAAAGAAGAUGCUCAAAAUGAUUCGACCUCUUUUGUUUCUAAGAAACCCAUUGGUGUUCACUCAGGAGUUAAGGUGCUACCCACAGAUAACACUCGCCUAGGAAAAUCUAAAAAUAAAGUUAACUCCGAUUCUUCAGUUUCGCAGAACCAGGCUUUGGAUCCUGAGCUGAAAGAAAAUAACGUGCAGAAUAUCCCAAGUAAUGAAGACGUUCGACGUAAAGUCACGAGACCUUCAAGUCUCUUUGCCGAUGUCCGACCUCUAGACAAUGUGCCUCAAAGUCCAGAUAAUGACCUUCGGCCAUCAGAAGAGUACGAUCCGCCAUGGGAGUUCAAACCCAACGUCCUAAGGCCUUCUGUGAACGGGUCCAUAUCUGUUCCAGAGAGACUGUCUCAACCAGCUUCCAAUCUAAGCCAAUUGUCGUCUUCCGUUACACAUGACAAACUAGAGAGUGAGAGCCAGAGUGAUAAGAGCCUUUCAGUUUCCGUCGCUAAGGCAUUGCCAACAAAACCAACUGGUCUCUCAUCUCGGCCAAAUCUCAAUUUGAAUUUGAAUUUAAAUUCGGAUUCACCUAGAAAAGCCAGACAAAAUCUGUCCCUCAAUUUCGGUUGUGCUGCACUGAGCGCUGUGGGUGAGAAGGUAGAUGCAGAACUGACUUUAGAAAAACAAGGGUGGUACCAUGGAUCCAUCAGUAGGCAGGACGCCGAGAACUUACUGCGGGUGCUCAAGGAAGGCAGCUACCUUGUGAGGAACAGCGAGAGUUCUAAACAAGACUAUUCCCUGUCUCUCAAGAGUGCCCGUGGCUUUAUGCACAUGAAGAUAGUUCAUAGCGACGGCCGGUUCAUUCUAGGGCAGUUCAGUAAUCCAUUUUCUAGCAUACCCGAAAUGAUUCAUCACUAUUCCAUCAACAAGCUGCCCAUCAAGGGAGCCGAACACAUGUCCUUGCUUUAUCCAGUCAUCGACCAGCUUUUGUAACAAUUGCUGCCUCCUUCUUCCUUUCGACGGCAGCUCCCCCUGGAAGACAUCGUGUUGCUCAAACUCUUAACUAUUCAGUAUGACUCUUAUUAUACAUUCCUUUGUGUGUCGUCCGAAUCUGUUGUGUACUGAAAUGUUUGGUGAUUUCAUUACGUUAACUCAUGACUUUGCUGAUAUCCUGUUUUGCCAUUUAUGACUAUUUGAGAUUUUAUAGGCAAUUGGGUUGUGUGCAAUUAAAAUACCAUGUAUCCUAAUUAUGUUAUAAAAAAAUCCAUUAUGAUAUAUCUAUAUAUAAAUUUCUUUAUAUAUUUUCACAUUGUUAAAAUUAUGUCACUUGUUUCGAACCAUCCUCGUCGUUAGUCCUACUUCGUUAAUCGUACUAAUUAGUCCUACUGAUUAGUAUUACUGAUUUACUUUGUUGUCCUACUAAUUUAAAACGCAUAUGCACUAUAUUUAAAUCAAUAUUAGUUUUUAGUUAUAGUUUAAAGUUUUCUGAAGUAUUCAGUACCUUUAUUUCAAAUAUAAAUACAUAGUAUGAGAAAUUUAAAGAAUAACUUUUCGAAUCAAAAUAAUCAAUAAUGUUUUAUUUUUAAAUAUUGACAUUGUGUUUUUGUUGAAGUAUGUACCAUUAUUUUAUUUGAUUACAGGUUUGUGUGUGAGUAUUGUAUCAUUUUGUUUUAAUUUUUCUUUUAAGUAUUAAACAAGUUCUGGCUCAUUUGUAACUGCUAGUCCUUAUUAAAAAAAAUUUCUCAUGCUAGUUAAAUCAUUACUAGUCAUUAAUAUUGAUUAGUUGUUUUCUUUUGUUUGUACUGACUAACUUCGUUUCGAAAACAUUGUAUAUUUUGCAUUCGGAAGUUUAAAAAAAUAUGACUUUUUUCGGAUUAGUUAGAAGAUAAUUUUGUUGACUAAACUUGUUAUUUUUUAACAGAGAAUUUCGAACUCUUUCUCCAAUUAAAAGCAUUUUCAAUGAUUAUUUUAUUGUUUUUUUCCCUUGAACCAAACAAAGGCAUUGCUAUAAAAAUAUCACUUAUUAAUUUUAGAUAGUAUUUAUUUAGCACUCUCGUCAUUUUCUUGGUUCUUUUAGUCAUUUUUAGUUGUUUUAUAAGAAGUAAUUUUUUUUAAAACUUUUUCACAUAUUAUUUAUAAACAACUCCUAACCAUUUUCAACUGCAGGAUACAGCAUUUUUAUCCUUAUUAAAAAAUAUAAGAGAACAAACUUUGAACUUCCGAAACACGAAUUAGUUUUGCUUUAAAAUUUCUUCUUUUUAUUUUACCCCCUCUGAAAGAAAUUACCUUCGAUCAACAUUUGAUCCUUUAACACCUAGAAAAAGCCUUUUUCAAGGCGCAGUUUUCUUUCAGUUCGAAAUCCCAGUUUCCCUGAGUUAGGCCUUUUCAAACACUCGAUAAAACCGGUUGGUUUCGACAAGAAUUGAGAUUUCUUUAGCAGUCGGUCUUAAGCUUUGUUUGCUGCCACCAUCAACUGCAGAAAUAUUACCUUUGAAGGAAAAAAUGUUGGCUCUAUUCGAUGGAGAAGAUUCGCCAUUUUCAUCUAAUGGUAUUUUUCUGUCGGAUGGUUUUAAAGAGAGAUAGCACAAUACUGGGCAUUGAAUUAUAUAUUUGCUUUUCUCUUUGUUCUUUUAUACUGCUUGGAUAUUUUUUGCACCAGUUUUGGCAAGAUAAAUAAACUACCUUUUUUUUUAAAUGAUCUUAUUUCAUCUUCAAGGAAUCUUUUUUUUUUAUUCCAUGUCAAUUUAAUAGAUAAAAAUAAACUUAUCUGAUUAGUUUUGAUUUUUACAAAAGCAUUAAAAUUUACCCUUUAGUAUUGCAGUUGGAAACUUAAUAUUUGUAAUUGGAAAUCUAAUUAUUUUAAUCAGAAACUUAAAUGGUGCAUUUGAAAAUUUAAUUGUAAUUAUUGAAAAUUUGAUUCCUGCUCUUAUAAAUUAGUCACAUUUAAGAAAACCUUUGUUUAUUUAUUAUUCUUAUUUUUUUCUAUUUGUAUAUACUUUUAAGUGAAAUAUGAAUUUGGCUUUAUUUAAAUAUGCCUUUUUAGAAUGUGCAAUUGUAAGAAAUUGGAAUAAUUUGCAGUUUAAAAACCCUGAGCAAAAUUUCAAACUUGCAGGAUGCAUUUUUAUUAUCUUAUUUUGUGUCUGGUAUGGAUUUAUUGAGCUAUGAUGUCUUCAGAUGAUUAAUUAUUAAUCAUUAAAACUAAAUAAACUAUGUCUUAACCGAAAACUAAAAACCUGUUUUAAUUAUAUAAUCUUUCUUAUAUUAUCCUGAACAUAAUUCAAAUAUGUCUGAUUACAUUAAAUGUAUUGUGUAAAGCGAAGCCAGACGAAUGUUGAAAUAUAAGAAUAUAUAGAUAUAUAUUCAUCACAUUGAUCUAUAUGAGUCCAGAUAUUUUCACAAUUAUAAAUAGAAACAUAUUGUAAGAGUAUAUAUAUAUAAAUAAAUAAUAUAUAUUUAGGAAUAUGUAGUCUAUUAGACAACGAGUUUAUUGUAAAUACUGUUUUGAUGUAGUUU